AUUUAACGACAUUUUUGUUCAAAAGCAAUUAUCAUAUAGUUCUUAAAAUAUAGUUGAUUACCAAUGUCUUCUAUAUGGAAUUGAUUUCUAUUUAGUCCUUAAAUAUAGUUGAUUACUAAUUGAGUUAAUGAAAAGAUGCUGAAAAAUUAUGAGAUGUUUAUGGAAAGAAAAGUCAUUGACCACUUCAAAGACAUUGAGAAUGACACGAGGCCAAUAAUCCGUGUAAAUAUAUGAAUACCACAACUUUUUGUCAAGCCAAUUAAAUAGAAAUCACAUUCAAAUUUUAAAAGACUGAAGAGUAUUACUCUUGAAGCCUUAAAGACCACUUUAGUUCAUUUAAAUACUUCUCCGAUUAUUAUCCAAGCUUCUAGUAAACAAUCUUAUAACACUUUGGAAGACCACAGUACUCUUUUUAUCUACAAGAAGUGAACUUCUACUUUUAAAUGUCAAUUCUAUUCUCUCAAGAAAAUGAGUCCUGUUAUAGUGAUGAUAUUAGACUUAUCUCGCUAUGGUAAACAUCUUCUAUAUAUAUAUAUAUAUAUAUGCAUCAAAACUAAGAAUUUUAGAGUAUUCGUGACAAACGAUUGAGUUUAGAUUCAACUCAUAUGGAAGAUAUUCAGAGAAUAGUAACACCAUCAAUUCACUGAGACACAUCUCUACAUUACAAAGACAUUGGAAUUAAUUUAUUCACACUAUAGGCUAUAUAAAAUUAGAAAACAACUGAAACAUCAUUAUCAAUUCCAUUGAACAAUCAUUUUACAUUUUUUUAAGGAAAAAAAAACACAAGAAUUAUAGUCUCCAAACAUCACAGCUGAAAAAACAUAUUGAAGCAUUCAACAAAAGUUGAUUUUAUGUAAUCCAAACCCUCCUAAGAUUAUUUUCUCUCAAAGAUCCGUUGGCCUUUUCUUAAUAUAGACACACACACAAACGCUUGACUUUCAUUAUAUAAUUCACAAAGAGAAUUUGAAUGAUUGUUCUUUGAAGCUUCCUGAUUUGAGCUUCUUAAUUUGUUAAUUUAUUUGACUUUGAUUAUUUCUCAAACACACGUCAUUACUUGUCAGUUUGUCCUUUCAAAUAUGUUUUACAUUCAAGAAGGAGAAUGAUCAACUCUUCAUCUCUCCCAAAUACUAAUUCAUACUCUUCUUGUUUCUAAAUUUCAUCUCAAUAAUCUUCUUUCCCUGUUUGCUUCUUCUCUGCUUUUUCGCCCUUACUUUGAGAGUUUGUUUCAUCGAACAACAAAACAGAACUAUGGGAGGCAAGCCUUCUAAGCAUAUUCACACCCAUCUGCACAUCCAUGAUAAUACUCGGGUGCAGCCAUCAAAAUGUUCGUGUGGUCAUACCCUUCCCCCAAGCACGAGUUCUAGGCCUUCUUUCCAGUACCCAAGGCAUAAAAUAAAUGGUGAUGAUUUUGAAUCCCUUGAACAGGUGACUGAAGCCCUUGAAAAGGCAGGUUUGGAGUCCUCCAACCUGAUCAUUGGAAUCGACUUCACAAAAAGCAAUGAGUGGACUGGGACCAAAUCUUUCAUGGGGAGGAAUCUCCAUGACCUUGCUGGAGCUUUUCUCAAUCCCUAUGAACAAGCAAUAUCUAUCAUAGGAAGAACACUCGAAAAGUUCGAUGACGAUAACAAAAUUCCGUGCUAUGGCUUUGGAGACGUUACUACUGGAGAUAGGGAAGUUUUUAGCUUUCAUUCGGGAGAUAGGCCAUGCCAUGGCUUUGAGGAAGUGCUCUUUUGCUACCGCGAAAUAGUACCUCGCGUUCUGUUGGCAGGACCAACAUCGUUCGCUCCCAUCAUAAGAAACGCAAUCAGAAUAGUCAAUGACAGCUGCGGCCAGUAUCAUAUUCUUCUGAUCAUUGCUGAUGGCCAAGUAACAAGGAACAUAGACACUCGUCAAGGUCACUUUAGUCCUCAAGAACAAGCCACAAUAGAUGCAAUUGUGGAGGCAAGCAAAUAUCCUCUGUCUAUAAUCUUAGUUGGAGUUGGUGAUGGGCCAUGGGAUCAAAUGAAUGAGUGUGAUGAUAAAAUCCCAGCUCGCCAAUUUGACAAUUUUCAGUUUGUGAAUUUUACUGAGAUCAUGUCGAAGGGUACUUCCCCGUCUAAAAAGGAGACUGAGUUUGCACUGCAAUGUCUGAUGGAGAUACCACCUCAAUACAAGGAAACAAUGAGGCUCCAACUUCUGGGCCAAAAAAAAGAAACACAACAGCAUUUGCCCUUCCCACUGCCACGGCCUCCUCCAAUCACCAAUAUUCGACGCAACUACUAUCCUCCAAGCUAUAGGCGCACAGACAGUGACAUAUCAUCAUCUUUCUCUGGUUCCACUUCUCCAGCUCAUUCAGUACUUUCCCGGUCAUCUACUUGGUCGUCUACACCGUCAUUUAAUAGGAUUUGUCCAAAAUGCUACUUGAAUGAGAAAGAACUUGCAUUUGGAUGUGGACAUCAGACAUGCUCGGAUUGUGGUAAAGAUCUCCUCUUCUGCCCAACAUGUCAAACGCAGAUAACAAAAAGCAUAAAGCUCCGGAACUAACCAGCUGUUGAACCACUUCAAGUAAUUCUCGAUAAAAAAGAUAU